GCUCAAGGUCCUUCCUCUGCCGACACUCGGGAGGCUGUUGAGAGGAACCUGGGCGCAGCACGAGACACAAUGCUCUCUUGGGUGCAGGGCUUCCUCCCGCUGGCCUGGACCUCCAACCUUGUGGACUCCCUCCUGCAGGGGCUGGUGGGGGCCUGUGCCGUCUGCAUCCUGGGCAGCCUGAUGAGGAUUUACCUCUACAUCCAGUGCUUGAAUGACCCCGACCGGCAGAAGGAGAAGGAGGCUCUCCGGCAGCAGCGGCCCUUCCUGGACCGGCUCCAUCUCAUGGUGCUGACGGCCAUCUUCACCAUGGUGGGGCACCGGGUGGCCGCCCUGAUCGUCCUGGAGUUCUCCCUUCGGGCAGUGUCCACCAUCCUCUCCCUCAACAAGGGGGCCCUCAGCAGCCAGCUCUACCUGCUCUGCCAAUACUCGCUGGGCUGCGGCGUCUCCUGCAGCCUUGGCUACCUGCAGGAAGGCGCCCCCCAUCGCACCUGGAACCUCCUCCUGGCUGUCGGGCUGGCCGCGCUGCUGACCCACUACACCUGGCGCCUGGCCUGGCACGUCUCCACGAUGUACGAGCUGCACUGCAAGGAACGCUACUGUGGAGGGUGCCUCUUCCUCCUUGCCACGUGGCACGGCAUCCCCCGGCUGCUCUGCAAUGCUCUCCGGGUGACCUUUGGGGUUGCCGACUUGGCGGCGGUGGCUCUGAUCAACCGGGACUUCCUCUCGACCUCCGAGGCCAUCCGGUUCUGGACGCCGCUGACCAUCUGCUACACACUUCUGGUCAUCUACAUGCAGGAGGAGCAGCACCACAACCCCAACCAGCAGAUGGCUUUUCAGACUGUCUUUGUCCGGAUGGGUGGCCUUCUGGUCUUGCUGAUGACGGUGGGCCAGUGGAGGGACAUCGUGAAUAUCCUCAUCUCGCUGGUGGGGGAGAUCUGGUGCCUGACCCGGAGCGGAACCAUGCUGGAGGUGUGCAGAAAGCAGGAUGAGAGUCCCUCUGCAUCAACAUCUGGUCCUCCUCAAAGUCAGCGCCAAAAGCGCCCCUCCAGAUCUGUGGCAGCAGCGCCAGAGGCCAAAUCCUGAAAAAGAAGGGCCUAGAGACCGCGGACCAGGCAGCCCAUGGACACAGCUCCUUCUGGGCUCUCCAGCGUUGGUGUCAAAUGGGUUCGUGGGUUCCCUCUCGGGCACAGUGGCACCGCUGCCCUUUAAGCAAUUCCCACUCUGGUCUGCCUUCCUGGGACAACAGAGGCCAAAAUGGGCUGGGUCGGCAAC